UUGAAAACCAAAUACACGGGAAAUUGGAGAAAGAGAGAAAGCUUGCUUCAGAAAGCCAAGCCUUACGCGACGCGAAAUAGCAAAAUCACCUCCUCCCUGCUUCAAGCCUCCUGCCUGCUUGCCUCACCUCCGGCCUCCCCACGUCGACGUCGUACCUCCGGCGCUGCUGUCCCUGCCUCCCUAGUGCCACCGGCCACCUCCGUCACGCCCUUUCUUCCUCUUACUCUAAGCUAUUAAGUUCUCCCUCUCUGUCUCCCUUUCUCUCUCAUAGCUCCUUUGCUUCCGUUUCAGAUCUACCCAGUUGGAGUUUGUUGGAAAUGGGACGCGGUGUUAGCAGAGGAGGUGGACAGAGUUCAUUGGGCUACUUGUUUGGAAGUGGAGAGGCUCCUAAGCCAGCGGCUAAUAAUCCUCCUGCCAAUACUAGUGCUGCACCGGCUGUAAAAGAUGCACCAAAGCAUGUUGUUAAUUCCCAGCCUGUAGAUUUUAAGAAUGUUCCUGCUGGUGUUAAUAAUAAUAUAAACAACUAUCACCGUGCUGAUGGUCAGAACACUGGCAAUUUCAUCACGGGAAACAUAUCUUCAUUGGAAAUUUUUUGUACUCAAUGACGAAGUUGGUGAUAGCUACAAGCAUUUUGGAUGCGCGAUGUUUUGGGUUAUGAAGUAGCUAUAUGUGCACUGGUAUAUUUUUGGACUUUUUCAAAGUGCCUAUCACUUGAAAAUUUUUGCAUAAAAACUUGUGUAUGGUUGGAGAAUUAUGUUGCAAAAUUGGUUAUCCAAUCCGUUACAUGUAUAUGAAUUACGUAUAUUUUUGACACACGAUAAUAUUUGGGACGUGUGAUAUUUUGGGAUACGAAUUAAUAUAUAAUGAUAAUCGGUGAUAUUAGUUUA